UCAGAGGACGAGCAGAGAGUGGAUUCUGUUGAUUUCGUCAGCAUGAGGUUCGAGGAGGUCUUAGACGAUGUUGGUGGCUUCUCCAAGUUCCAAUUCAUGCUCCUGUUCAUCCUGUGCUUCCCCCGUGCCAUCCUCCCCCUCCACUUCCUCCUGCACAACUUUAUCUCUGCAACACCUCCUCACCGCUGUGCCCUCGGGAGCCCAGAGGACGGAGAUGGGAUGUCGCUGAGCUCUGACCCAGAGGGGCUGGCCCUCAGGAUCCCCCGUCAAGAUGACGACUCCCUCAGCUCCUGCAGAGUCUAUGACCCCCCUCUGACCUCCGGGCUCAACCCACAAAACAGGACGGCACCUUGUCCCCAUGGGUGGAUCUACGAUCAAUCACAGUUCAGCUCCACAACGGCCACCGAGUGGGAUCUGGUGUGUGACGACAAACAGCUGAAUCAAGCUCUCGCCACGUAUUUCUUCCUCGGUGUGACGCUGGGAUCAGUUCUGUUUGGACAGCUUUCUGACAAGUUUGGUCGUAAGUCGAUGCUUCUGGUGGCUUUAAUGGCCUCCACCACGCUGGGAGUCACCUCGGCCUUCUCAACCUCCUAUGUCAUGUUCGCUGUCUGCAGGGCGCUCUGUGGUGUGGCCCUCAGUGGGCUGUCAAUCAUCGGCGUGGUCCUCAGUAUCGAGUGGACAGACGUGAAGCACCGGACCUUCACUGGCACCGUCAUGAGUUUGUCGUGGAGCGUGGGGAACAUGCUCCUGGCCCUGCUGGCCUACUACAUACGAGACUGGAGACACCUGGUGCUGGCGGUGACAGCGCCCUGCGUCGCUGCCAUCAUCUCCUGGUGGUGGCUGCCGGAGUCGGCCCGCUGGCUGCUGGCCAAUGGCAGAGUAGAGGAAGCCAAGAAGUAUCUGGUUCAGUGCGCCAAAAUGAACCGGAGGAACGAACAGACAUCCAGACUGGACACUGAGGUUCUGGGGAAGGUGACAGUGUCUGAGGUGGCUGAGAAGAACCACUCCUACCUGGAUCUGGUCAAAACACCUCAGCUGAGGAAGAUCACCCUGUGUUCUGGAUUGUUCUGGUUUGCUGUUGCCUUCCUGUACUAUGGGAUCAGCUUCAAGAUCUCAGGUUUUGGCGUCAGCAUGUACCUCACACAGUUCAUUUACUGUGCCAUCGAAGCUCCUGCCAAAAUCCUGACCUUCUUCGUGUUGGACUGGAUCGGUCGUCGGAACGGCCAGGCCUGCUUUCUGAUCACAACAGGAACUCUGAUAGGAAUAAACACAGCUGUACCUUUAGAGUACUCUGUGCUUCGUACAUGCAUCGCUGUGGUGGCGAAGGGUUCCUCAGAGGCAGCGUUCACCACAGCGUUCCUUUACUCAACUGAACUCUACCCAACUGUCCUCAGGCAGUGUGGUUUAGGCUACACCUCGUGUCUCUGUCGGAUUGGGAGCUCCGUGGCACCAAUGAUCAUGCUGCUGGAGGACGUCUGGCUUCUUCUGCCACCACUGAUCUUUGCUGGGACGGGGAUCGUCAGCGGCAGCUUGGUCUUCAUGCUCCCGGAGACACUCAACGUCCCUCUCCCUGAAAACAUCUUGGAUGUUGAGGAGGGAAGACACCGGCAGAGUGACCUCAACGGAGAUGCAAAGAUUGAGCUGAAGGAAAUAAACUCUGGAGACACGGCAGCGUCACAGGACAACUGAUGAGCUGCAGAGUUUCUCCCUGGUAGCUAAAAGAUUAAUUCUGUCUGCAGCCUGAUGUGGACAGAUGACCUCAAAUGUAUGUCGGAAUAAAAAUGUGUUGAGAAGAACAGACAUUAAAGACUUGUUUUAAAACCUUCAACAAGCUGCUGACGAUACUCAGCUGUCAAUCAAUGACAGUCAGUGCUGAGUUUCAGGUGACACUUUGAACAUCUGCUGAUAUCAAACUGAAUACAAAUAAAUUGUAGACAUUUCCUUCAAAUUCUUUAUUCUGGUUCACUAAAUGAAUUAAAAGGCACACUGUGACACAGUAUUUAACAUAGCUUUUUGUGUCUAUCAUGGUUGGUGGAGAGCUACAUAUGAAAACAAAUGAAACCAAAGUAAAACUACUUUAUAGAUACUGUAAAUAAAACCAGACUCUCUGUGAGGCUGUACAGUGCUGCUUUAAUUAAAUGCCAAAACCAGCAUGCUAACAUCAUUACAAUGCCAGUUCUAACAUGCAGAUGUUAGCAGGUACAAUGUUUAUGAUGUUCACCUUUGUAACAUCAUUAUCAGUUAAAAUAAAGUCCAGCUGCGGCUAAUUAAAAUGUCUGUAGUUCUGCAGGUAUUUUGCAACCCAACUGCCACAAACAAUGUUGGCGUUGUUCGUUGUUUGCAAACCACGGAUCCAUUACAUUUGUAUGUUAUUUUGUAGCGGACACACUGAAACUUUUAUAUUUCAGUGGCAUUGCGGUUAAUGUGUGGUUUGUUUUAGGCACAAAAACCACUUUGUUGCGGUUAGGGAAAGAUCACAAUUUUGUGGGCACAAUAACCGCUGAAAACGCAGAGAUAUCUUGGUAAAGAACCAACCGCUUUGCAUGUCACUGUCCCGGCAGGAAACAUGGCGGUAUCAUUGUAAAAAAACAACCACUUUUUGUUGUGCUACCCUGACAGGAAACAUGGCGACAACCUGGUAAAAACCAGCCGCUUUUCAUGGCACUGUCCCAAAAAGAAAUGUGGCAAAAUUAAAAAGUAAAACACAAUUGCUUUCUGUGGCCCUUUCCUGGCAGGAAAUAUGGCAAUACUCUGUAAAACACAAUUGCUUAUCAUGGCAAUAUCCUGGCAGGAAAUAUGGCAAUACUCUGUAAAACACAAUUGCUUAUCAUGGCAAUAUCCUGGCAGGAAAUUCGGCAAUUUCUCAGUAAAAAAUAACCGCGUGUCAUGGCACUGUAAAAAAGAAAUCACAGCAGUUGGUCAAUAAAAAACAGCCAUGUUUGAGGCUAAAAAGCUGCUCCAUGUCAUCUGCCAUUUUGCUACUAUGGUUUACUUCCAUUGUGCACUAUGCAACGCCCUCCAUUGAUUACACAUCCCUAAUAAAAAUGGUUCCACUCCAAAAUGGUGGAAACACGUCUGGUUCACUAGAUAGCACCAAUGUUCCAACAAUCCUGAACAGAACCGGUUACAGAAUCAGAGCUAAUUUGGUGGAAAAGGGGUAGAAGAGACCUGCUGGUGAUACAGGGAUGGAGGAGGGCACAGAUGUACUCAGGUGGCUGACCAUGGAGUAGUACCUAAUAAUGGAUCCUGAACCUGAUGGGGUAAAAUGGGAGUGAUGUGUGUUGUCCACCUGGACCUGGUUAACAGCCUGGCAGCAGCAUUCUGGAUUAUUUAAAGACGGUUCAGAAAUGAUUUGCCAAGACAAGUAAAAAGAGAGUUACAGUAUCCAGCCAAGAGGACACAGGAGCAUGACAAAUCAUCUCCAGCUCAGGUCGAGACGCAACAUUACCAUCUAUAGCUGCAGGCAUGAAUAUGUGGACCAUCAGUACAAAAACACACCAGGAUGUUAUGAAUUUAAAGUACAUUCCUGGCUCUGAUUGGCUCUUGAUGUCAUGGCAAUGUCCUUUGACUGUUUGGAGCGUCUUUCAAUGCUGAAGGCAGUGCAUCAGGAACUGAUGGCCUCUCAUCGCUCUCCAAUCAGUUCCUGAUGCAGUAUCAUCAACAUCAGGAAACCUGUCUGUCACGUACCUGUACGUGACAGACAGAGACACACAGUAUAACUCAGAGCAAGUUAAACUCACCCUGUUUACAUUAACAAGUUGCUUGCUAACAGUGUUUCCCAGAAUGAAUUACAUUUUAGUCUAAAAAAGUCCUUGAAUUAAAAACCACUUAGCAAGGCGAGAAGAAGUGAUAAAAGAAGAGAUUGAUAAAAAAGUAAAAGAAAAUAGGCCGAAUGAAAUGUUCAGUCGAAGACCCUCGAUAACAGAAGAUACUCCACUACAAGCUGCACCAAUGGUACGCAAUGUAAUCACAUGGAAUCCUAAGUGGGCGUGGCCAUCUCUCCGCUGCAUCCCACCCAUCUUGUUUGGAUAGGUGUAGUAAAUGUGGUGUGGAUGGAUAAAAUCGCAAUGAAACAAUACAACAGUAUACACAGUACACAUUUAAUGUUUGCUUAAUAUCUGAUAUCAACUAAGUGUAAGAUUACGUCAGAUGUUUGAAGGCUUACGGUUGGUGAAAAAUGGGUCCAAUAUUUACUUGAGUGACGACGGUGCGAAGGAAACCGUCUUAAUCUGUACUCAUAUUCACUUUUCCCAUUGGAGUGAAUGGACUCAGGAGUAGGGGUGGGCGGCUCGAUCCUAAGAUACUGAUACUCACAAUACUACGUUUCCAUUUAGAGGAUCGAUCCUAGCGUCAGUAGGAUCGAAACCAAAAAAGAGAUCAGUUUGUCUCUUCUAUGUCGGACCUCUUCAUAUUUCAAGAGCAAAACUGUCAGUGCAAACAACGUUCUGUUGUCGUGAACACAUCUCGUGUGCGUACUCUUUGCUUCUCUGCUUUGCUCUCUACAUCUUAGUCCAGACGCAGUC